GGAUUUAAAGCUGGAAAUGUUGUAAUAAAGCUAUUGGGUCCACAAGUGGGCCCAUGUUAAAGAAAAGCCAUCCAAAUGGCCCAUUCUCAUAUAGCCGGCCCAUACCCUUCCAUCUCGCAAAAGUCUCACCUUUUUUAAACCUCCACCUUCACUGCCAAUUGUUUUCUCACCUCCAUUCCUCCUUCCACUAUUUUUUUUUUUUUUUUCAUGGUUGUUUUUUCAUCCACGAGGAUCUAAACCACCAUGAAAUCUUCCGUCGACGAGCUCGCCGACGAUUUCGACAAUGUGAAUUGCAACUCAACCACCACUACCACCGCCACCGCCACCGCCACCACUACCGUCGCAACGGAUAGGACGACGAGUUCGGGGUCAGAAGCUUCUUCUAACCUCAUCUCGUCGUCAAGCAAGCACCAUGCACCGACAAGCGAUCCGUGUUGGAGCGCAAUCCAACGCGUGAAGAAGUCCGGCAAGGAGGCGGCGUUGGGGCUCGGCGACCUCCGGUUUAUGCAUCGCCUUGGGGCGGGCGACAUCGGGAGCGUGUUCCUUGUGGAGUUGAAGGGAGAAAUCGGUUGCAUGUUCGCUGCCAAAGUGAUGGACAAAAAGGAGUUGGAGAGUAGGAAUAAAGUGAGUAGGGCCAGGAUAGAGAAGGAAAUAUUGGAAAUGUUGGACCACCCCUUUUUGCCCACCCUCUAUGCCUCGUUGGAGUCCACACGGUGGUCUUGUUUGUUGACCGAGUUCUGUCCCGGCGGUGACCUCCAUGUUCUCCGUCAACGGCAACCGGAUAAACGGUUCAAUGAAGCUGCCGUCCGAUUCUUUGCAUCAGAAGUGGUAGUUGCUCUGGAGUACCUACACAUGAUGGGAAUCGUAUACCGUGAUCUCAAGCCUGAAAACGUUUUAGUAAGAUCGGACGGUCAUAUCAUGCUAACCGAUUUUGAUCUCUCUCUAAAAGAUGACAAUUCAACAUCAACGGCUCAGCUAAUUUCCGAUCAGGACUCAUCGAAUGCAGAUACAUCAAAUGAUUAUCCUAUUGACCAAUCAUCAUUCGCCACAUCAUCAUGCAUUAUACCGAACUGUAUAGUCCCUGCAGUAUCUUGUUUCCAUCCUAAACGAAAACGCAAGAGAAAACCAAACCGAACUGGAACCGUUGAUAUUGUAGCCGAACCGAUCAACGUUCGAUCAAUGUCAUUCGUAGGGACCCACGAGUAUUUGGCACCUGAGAUCGUAUCAGGUGAAGGGCACGGUAAUGCGGUGGACUGGUGGACAUUAGGAAUAUUUAUAUUUGAAUUGUUCUAUGGAGUAACGCCCUUUAAAGGAAUUGACCAUGAAUUGACCUUGGCAAAUAUUGUGGCUAGAGCACUUGAAUUCCCAAAGGAUCCAACGGUGCCUGGGCCCGCCAAGGAUUUGAUCGCACAGCUGUUAAUCAAGGAACCAUCAAGGAGAUUGGGGUCCACUAUAGGUGCAAGCGCAAUCAAGCACCAUCCAUUUUUUGAUGGGGUUAAUUGGGCAUUGUUAAGAUGCACCAAACCACCCUAUAUUCCUCGGCCAGUCACUUAUAAGGACUUUGUUCGACCAGAUAAAGGAAUGGACAAUUCAGUAGAGUAUUACUAGUUUAAAAAAAAAAAAAAAAAAAAGGUUUAGUUAUGUUUGGUCAUGAAUUUAAAAAAAAUGGAUGGUGCUUGAUUGGGCAUUGUUUUUUAUUUUUAUUUUUUUGGUUAAAUUCACGACCAAACAUACCUCUUAUAUACGAUUUUUCAACUUAAGUUAUCAAGUGUGUAAAAAUAAUUAUUUUUAA